UCAUUGGUCUUUAGCAACGGAAUAGAUAAACCUAAGAGGGUUUAACCUUGUUUCCUUAGUCCAUUCUUUGCUGUUUCGAACUGGUGUUUGGUCUCUUCUCUCUUAUCCAUGGCAUCAACGUUUCUCACCCUACCAACUCCUUUCCUACACAAAACCAGUGCCAUUUCUUUCUCCAACAAGAGGCCCUCAUUUUCGCAGAGGAGCUCUCUCAAGAUCAAUGCAAUUGCCAAAAAAUGGGAACCCACUAAGGUUGUGCCUCAGGCUGACAGAGUUCUUAUUCGUUUGGAAGAGCUAUCAGAUAAAACAGCUGGGGGAGUUUUGCUGCCCAAAUCAGCCGUGAAAUUUGAACGAUAUCUCGUGGGAGAAAUCCUAAAUGUUGGUGCUGAGGCUGGAGAACUAAAGGCUGGAACAAAGGUACUAUUCACUGACAUGAGUGCUUAUGAGGUGGAUUUGGGGACUGAUGCAAAGCACUGCUUCUGCAAAGCAAGUGACUUGUUGGCUGUGGUUGAGUAGGGUUUGGCCACUGCAUCAAACACUAUUUUUUGAUAAUAUCUUUGACAAAUGUAUUUUCAUUUGAAUAAACCCUUUCUCUUAAUUUGUCUUAAAAUGUUAUAUUCCUUUUCUGUUAUAAUAACCUGUUGCUUUCCUUAUGUAGUUUCUGAAUCAAAACUCUAAUCAUAAAUUUGUGUUCUACCCUUUCCUAUA